AUGUCGAAUAUGCCGAUAUACAGUCAGGUUGCCCCAAAAUAUAGGGCAAAAAACGCCAAGGGUAGCUCCACGCGAGAAAAUAGGGGUAAUUCGAGAGAUUUUGACCCUCUAAACUAUAAUCAUGGGGGUAAUAUACAGCUAUUAAACGCUCCGCUAGAGAGUAGGAUAGAAAAAUUGGAGAAGAGAGAUUCUAGACGUAAAGAAGAGAACAGAGUGAGACGAAGUCAGAAGAAUGAUGCUAACGAAGGGAAGGUUGAAGCGUAUUUGAGGCAGAACCAGGUCAGCAUUAGGCAGCAGCAGCAUAGGCACUCCGCUGUCAGGCAAGCAGAACAUCGGGUUAAUUUACGGUCACUUCCUUUGAAUGAGAUCACAUCGAGACAGGAGCGUACUCCGACCGGCCAUCGGGUAUUCCCCGAAAGAGAAAACUCCAGGGAAAAUAGACGGCAGAGAGAUAGAGAGAGAGACUUUGAUUUUGAUGGCUCCCCGCUAAGUCCAAUAGCUCGUGACAAGGACAGAGUGAAGAAGUCUACAUCGCGAGUGUCUGAUGUGUGUGACAAGAGGAGAUUCUUCUGUAGGGAGUGGGUGUUCCAGAAGAUAGCUCAUUGCUUAGAGCAGCGAGCGGUCAGCAAGACUGCUGGGACGCUUAUACUGGGUGAUGCGGGUAGCGGUAAGACAGCUUUAUGUCAAGAACUAAGCGCCCCGGGUAAUGGCCCUCAAGCCAGACAACAAAGAGCUUUAAACAGAAGAAUGCUAGCGAGACACUUCUUACAGGGUCCGGGUGACUGCAGCCAGCGGCCUGGUGAGUUCGUCCGUUCACUGGCGAUGCAGAUCCUAUCACACUCUGAACAUGCGAGGCCGGAUGAGAGAUCUGAUAGAAAUUCUUUGGAAGAGAAUUUUGUUCAGAAGUUCCGUGACAUUUGUGAAGAUGGUGAGGAGAGCUCCAAGCCUCUGCUGGCUGAUAGUGAAGAUCAACGAACAGACGAAGAGGAGAUGAGUUCUCGACAGAAAACAGCUGACAGAAUACAUGAGAGAGAAGAUUACACGGAUUGUAUUAACGACGCGGAGCUGAGUGGACACGCGGUGAGUGAGAGAGAGGGAAAUAUAGAAAGAGAGAGAGAGAGACUACCGGAAAUACUGCCGAAGGCGGAUGUAAAGCCAACGAAUCCGUUCAUCAGCGACCAGAAUGAUCUGCGUCUGUACGAAAACCACGAGAACCUGUUCCUCCGCAAUAUAUCUCAACGACAAUCCAAAGAAAUGCGAAAUUCAAGACUUCUACGGCAGAGCUCCGAACCGCUACAAGAAAAGAAACCUUCUGUACUCCAGAAGAGCCUGUCAAACGACCAGGAAGAGAAAAAAGAGAUGAACAGCCCGCCAAAAUCAAGAAUUCCGGUCGCCAACUUUCGGUAUCCCAAUAAAAGUGGCUUACGUUCUGAUGGCUCGCCGAAAAAGGAUCCAAAAGAACUUCCCGAAUAUCAGAACAUAGUUCACGACGUUAAAGACGAUCCGCAAACGGAAAUGGAAUUACUUUUGGAGAAGAAGAGAUCAGUUUCUGAAGAAGAACCGCCUCCAAUACCAAGCCUUCCGGUCAAUCCGAGAACUUUAAUAGCCAAUGCCUAUUACGAGAAGUUACUAUCGGAAACGGAAAUCCAGCAGGCUUUAUUACCUCAGAACCUGGAUAAAAACCCCGAUGAAUGCUUCAAGAAGGCUAUAUUAUUUCCAUUACUGGAAAUAGACCCGCCUAAGCAAUGCUUAUUCUUGCUUAUAGACGCUAUAGAUGAGGGCGCCACUAAUGAUGGCGAGGGUAGUGAGGGUAGUGUAGCCGGCGUGGUGGGUCGUCACCAACACCUACUGCCUCAUUGGUUGCUGCUAGUAGCCACCGCACGGAGACACGCCCGCCUCGCCAGAGUCUUCACUGGUUUCCGUAAGAUAACUCUUGAUGAGCUAUGUCGAGCUCACGUGGCCGCGGAUGUUCAGCGGUAUGUGUUGGCUCGACUCGACAACGAGCCGCGACUCAGGGCUCGAGUGUCGAGCGACGCGGCUGCUGCAGCAUCCGCGGCGGCUGCUUUGGAUCAUCUUAGGAUUAAGAGUGACGGUUGCUUACUGUACUUAGAGAAGGUGCUGGACGGAGUAGCCGAUGGUUUCAUAGCGCUGCGUGAAAUAAGAGAGAUCCCAGGUACACUCAACGGACUGUACUUGUGGCUCGCGCAGAGACUGUUCCACGGACGGAGGUUUAAUAAGGUCCGGCUAGUAUUAGACGUGCUGCUAGCCGCUCGUUGUGGUGUAACUGAGGACAUGUUGUACAAGUGUCUGCUUACCAAGGAAUACAGCGUCACUAGGGAAGACUUUAAUAGAAGGAUGCAUUUGUUGAGAAGGAUAGUGUCGGUAGAUCGCUCCACGGGUUUCGUGUCAAUUUUCCACCGUUCGUUCUCUUCGUGGCUGGUAGACGUGAAGCAUUGCACGCGCCGCUACUUGUGCGACGUGGCAGCGGGACACGCUGCGCUCGCCAUGCAUUAUACAUUGGAGGCUAGAAGAUUGUCAGCCUUGGAGAUACAUCACUACGUGUACCACAUGACUCAGCUGGAACAACACCUGGCCUCGCUCAAGAAGGGAAAGCUCGGUUGUGAGCCGGUGGAGCUUCACACGUUGGUGCUUCUCUGGGUGCUGGACUCGGGCUGUAAGGUGGAGGCGGCGUUGCAGCAUGACAGGGGACAGAUGGAGGAGAAAAUUGAAGAUAAGGAUCAAGAUCCGGAGUCCGAAGGAAAAGAAUCUAUAUCAUGUAAAUCAUUGGAACAAUCAGCUUUGGAGAACAUUAUGCCCGAGUUAGUGAACGGUACAACGACUAGGUGGCCGAGGGAUAGAAGGGUGAUGAGAGCUCUCAUCGAGCUUAGUAGAACUGAUUCAGCUCCUACUGAGCCGGAGGAAGAUGUUAAUGAUCUGCUGUCCACGGAAAAAGCUUUGGAAAGUGAAGAAACAGGUGAUGAACAUGACGAAGGAUUACAAUUAGAUCCGGGGACUGUUCACGAACUAGCGGCUAGAGGAGAUGAGGAGACUUUAGCUGUUCUACUGAAGCGUCGCCCUGAGCUAGCUCAGUCUGUUGACGCGGCGGGAGGCACAGCACUACACGCGGCGGCCCGCGCGGGAAGAGCCGGCACCGCAGCCCUACUGUUGAAGGCGGGUGCUUCGCCCUCGGUAGCUGACGGCGAUGGAUGGAGCCCGCUUAGGGCUGCGGCCUGGGCUGGACAUGUUGAGGUGGUGGACGUGCUAUUAGAACACGGUUGUGAUGUGGACUGUGUUGACGCUGACAACAGAACGGCCUUGAGGGCUGCUGCGUGGUCGGGCCAUGAAGCGGUGGUGGCGCGCCUCUUACUCGGCGGGGCGGAGCCCGAGCGAGCGGAUGCGGAAGGCCGAACUCCGCUUAUGGCAGCUUCCUAUAUGGGACACGCGGAUAUCGUGCGUCUUCUACUAGACGCAGGCGCAGGGACCGAUCAUGCGGAUCAUGAUGGUCGAACAGCAUUAUCAGUGGCUGCUUUAUGUCGCGCGGGUGCUUCAUGCGCUGCAUUAUUACUGGAGCGAGGAGCGGACCCUAGCCGCGCGGACAGAGAGCGAGCCACGCCGCUACUGGUGGCCGCGUUUGAAGGGCACACUGAAAUUUGCGAACUACUCCUCGAGGCGGAAGCGGAUAUAGAGUCUUCAGACGUGGCGGGGCGCACAGCGUUGUGGGCGGCCGCGUCUGCAGGGCACGCGGACACUGUGAGGCUGCUGUUGUUCUGGGGCGCCUGUGUCGACACCAUGGAUGACGAGGGACGGACUGUGCUCAGCACAGCCGCCGCACAGGGUAACGUGGAGGUUGUUCGUCAACUGUUAGACCGUGGACUAGACGAACAUCAUAGAGAUAACUCAGGAUGGACGCCGCUACACUACGCCGCGUUUGAAGGUCACAUAGAAGUCUGUGAAGCGCUUUUAGAAGCGGGUGCCAAGGUAGAUGAAGCGGAUAACGAUGGUAAGGGCCCCCUUAUGCUGGCUGCUCAAGAAGGACACACUAGAUUGGUGGAAAUAUUAGUGGAUACUUGGGCCGCGCCUGUAGACCAGCGGGCGCAUGACGGGAAAACUGCGCUACGCCUCGCGGCGUUGGAGGGGCACUUCGAGUCAGUAGCCGCGCUGCACUGCCGCGGGGCGGACGUGGACGCGCUGGAUGCGGACCGGCGGAGCACGCUGUAUGUACUCGCCUUGGACAACAGACUGGCUAUGGCCAGGCAGCUGCUGGCGUGCGGUGCUAGUGUACAUUCGAGUGAUACCGAGGGCCGCACUCCUCUUCACGUGUCAGCCUGGCAAGGACAUACGGAGAUGGUCAAUCUGUUGAUAAAAGUCGGUAUAGCUGCGCAAGAAGGUCAUGAAGAAUGUGUGUUGUGGCUACUCCAACAUGGAGCUGAUCCUUUACAGGCUGACCAUUGUGGUCGAACACCUGCAAAAGUAGCGUGGAGGGCUGGACACGCGAAUAUCUGCAGACUUCUGGAGCGAUGGAGCGCCCCCUCCGCGCCGCCCGCGCCCCUCACACACGAGGAGAAGAGACCAGCCUCCCCAGAAUACAAACGCCGCAGUAUCCACAGCUCGAACUCAACAAAAUCAUCGUCAAACAUGACGGGCGGCUCCAACCGAUCACACGACGAUGAUGAUAAGGCUUCCCUCUCUUUCGCACAGCAGGUGGCGCGAUGUGGGCGAGCGAGACGGGAGAUAGACAGAGACGAACCUAUACCAGAACAUCAGGUGCUAGAACAGGACUCAAAGCUGAGGAGUUAUAUAGCGAAUGAGAGAGACAGCGAGCUUCACGGAUAUGCGAGGGAAAGAGACAGAAGACGGGAACAAAGACACGGCGCCACUAGCCCGCUGUAUGCUUCGCCACCUAGGAGCCCUAGCGAGCCGCGGAGCCCUGACCCGCCUGCUGGUUCUCAGCCUGCCAGUCUAACAAGCGCCCCGGGGCUGACAGACAACCACUUCAAUAGAGACACGCAUAUGAGGAUUAUAUUGGGCAGAGACAAACACGCUGAGAGGAGCGAUGGUAAGAACAAGAGGAACGGCAUCGUUACCAACCCGGCGAUGCGUCUAGUCGCUAACGUUAGGAAUGGACUGGACAGCGCCGCAGCCAACAUUCGUCGUACGGGUGUAGCGUUAGCAGCCAGCGCCAGUUCCUCCAACCCAGCGGUCAAGACCAACGCCUUCCAGUGGAGGAAGGAGACUCCGCUAUAG